AUGGACGAAGCCAAGGAGAACGUCAAUUUGCACUCGUUAUGCGGUCGAAAGGUUUUGGUAACUGGAGCUGGAAGGGGUAUAGGGCGUGCAGUCGCAAUCGAAUUCGCACGCGCGGGUUGUAAUAUCGCCUGUGUCUCCCGGACUCAAGAGGAGAUUGAUGAUGUUGUCUCCUACGUAAGAUCGACUACCUCUGCUAAGGCCAAGGCAUUCCCCUUCGAUAUAACUCGAAUUUCCGAGAUUCCAAGAUUGAUCGAACAAGUCGAGCAGUGGAUGGGAGGUCCCAUUGAAAUUCUCAUUAACAAUGGUGGAAUUGCCCGGAUUGAAGCUUUGGAAUGUCAAAUCGAUAUGGACCACUGGCAAAAGGUCAUGACGACGAACCUUACAGCACCAGUCGCCUUGAUCAAUCAAGUCUUGCCCAAUAUGCUGACGCGUCAGUACGGCACAAUAAUAAGCAUUGGCAGCCGAAAUGCAAUAUACAAUAUCCCAUUCACGAGUUCAUACUCUGUAUCAAAAACUGGGCUUCUACGGUUUCAUCAUAUAUUGGAAGCAGAGACCCUGGGACAAGGGAUAUGCAAUUAUUACGUUCAGCCUGGAAAUAUCGAUACCAAAAUACUUGAUGUGUCAAAUGCGAUAGAUGCCAAUGCAAUGAAUCAUGAUGGUGUCAUUCGGGCAAUCAAUAUUCUUCGCGGAUGCCCUAGGAAUCCAGUGGAACGUGUAGCAGAAGCCUGUGCAAAACUUGCUUGUGGGGGCCAUACUGUCCUGAGUGGAAGCUAUGUGGACCUUGACCAGGACACAUGGGGACAAAUCAAGAGCGACAACGGCUCUGUAUCUCCCAUUGCUGAGGGUGGAGGCUUGGCUCUCGAAGCCUCCAACCUGCCUUUUAAAUAG